GUUUGCUUUAAAUUUUGUUUGCAAUUUUCUUUUUAAAAACAAUUUCAGAGGUGCCUUAUAGCCAAAACUAAUGGCUGACGAUACUGAUGAGACGUUCCCAUUCCAGGAGCAUAUUGCAAAGUUGAUGAGUUUGAUCAUCAAUACCUAUAACUCCAAAACAGAAAUUAUCUUCUUGAGAGAAUUGAUUUCCAAUGCUGCUGAUGCACUUGACAAAAUCCGAUUUGAAAGUCUUACAGACCCAUCAAAAUUGGACUCGGCAAAGGAACUGGAAAUCCGCAUUGUUCUAGACAACGAAAAUAAGACAAUUUCCGUCAUUGACACGGGCAUUGGAAUGACCAAAGCUGACUUAGUGAACAAUCUUGGGACCAUUGCAAAGUCGGGUAGCAAAGUCUUUUUAGAAUCUCUGGAAUCUGGAGCGGACAUUUCUACAAUUGGUCAGUAUGGUGUGGGGUUCUACUCUGCAUUUUUGGUUGCUGACAAAGUCAGAUUGACCACCAAACAUAAUGACAGUAGGCAGUAUAUAUGGGAAUCUGCCGGUGGUGGAUCCUUUAACGUAAGAUCCGCACCUGAGAAUACAAUUGGUCGUGGGACAGAGGUCACUCUUUUCCUUAAGCAGACGGAAUAUUGCGAGGAGGCGCGAAUUAAAGAAGUAGUGAAUAAAUUCAGCAAUGUCAUUGGAUACCCUAUCAAGCUCAUAGUGAAAGAUGGGACAGUUUCUGAUUUGUAAUUUAAAUAAUUAAGCAUGCGUAAAAACAGAAAAUUAAUAUUGAAUGCUUUCGCACUAAUCAAGAAAUUACAAUUAUAUUAUUAUUAGUGUACAUUAUAUUCGUAAAACCUUGUGGAGAGGGAAUGUUUUAAUUACUAUGACCAAGAAUGUACCAAGUCCCCUACUCGUGGUUUAACAAAAUUGUGCAAUAUACAUGUUAGGCCUCAUCAAAUCUUUUUACAUGUCAGAUAUGAAUGAUAUUCAGUUUUUAUUGUUUGUAAUCAUGUAUUCCAGUAUGGUUUUUUUUUCAGUGAUAUUAUUUGUUUAUAUAGCUGUUCCUUGUGUGUGCAGGUUCAUGAUUUGUA